AGGCUGGUGUUGAGCUGUCUUCUGUGACGUCACUGCGUCAUUGGUUGUUGGCGUCGCGAUACUGCAGAGGACGUCGGUCAAUAAGGGUCAACUGAAGAUCCAAGGAGUGGCAACGUGCCUGUACUUGUGUAUGGACAGUUGCGGGCUGUUAUACGGCUCGAAAGAAUUCACGAAAGACUGUAUCUUCAACGAAAUCUUCGAGCAGCACCACUACAACACGUACACGUCGGCGCGCUACUCGGACGGCCGGCGCACGCUGUACGUGGCGCUGAACAAGCGCGGGCUGCCGCGCAAGGUGCAGGUGCGGGCGGGCGCGCCGCUGCGCCGCCUCAGCACGUACACCCGCACGCUCACCAAGCCGGCGCCGCAGGCCGCCCCCACGGCGCACCCGCUGCGCCACCACGCGCACCACCAGCUGUGCCCCGUGUCGCGGGCGCCCGCGCAGACGCCCGACGACGCGGCCGCCGACGGCGACGCCGACGGCCGCGACAAGACGCGCUGCCGGCGCCGGCGCAAGCGCAAGAAGAGGAAGCGGCGCUGCCGCGACGGCGAGCCGGAGGGAGAAGACUGCCAGGGCCGGGGCAAGGGGCAGGCGCGGCGGCCCGCCAAGGGCGGCAAGGCCCGCCGCCGCUGCAAGGACGCGGCCGACCGCGAGCAGUGCCGGCGGCAGCGGCAGCGCCAGCGCCAGCGGCGGAGGGGCCGCCGCCGACUCUAG